AUGGUAAAAACUAGUAUCAAGCCAGUAUUUGAUAUUCGUGCUCAUCAUCCUAUUAGUUCAUUUAAUAAAGUUUGGUCAAUUUUAUUCGAAAUUGAACGUAAAACUUUUCUUACUAAAAGCCCUACAUUCCAUUUCAGUCAUGAGUGGAUUCACAGAAGCUUUUUUCCGUUCACUGAGUAUAUUCUCGCGUUGAGUGAUUGUCGGUAA